ACUUAUUUAUGACGUAUUGUUUACAAAUGUUGUUUUGUUUUUAAAUGCGUAUAAAGUUUAUUUUAGUCCAACAUAUUUUUUAUUGUAAAUAAAGAUCACACGAAUUGCAAAAUAUAUUCAAUCUUUCUGUAAUUGUACAUUCGAAGAGGUAAAUUUUUCGUGCCCAUCGCCGUGAGUUUAUUUUAUCGACAAUACUGAAUUUGUAUUUGGCAUUUUGCCAACGCAGUCAGAUUAGGACGGAAAGGUUAAUGUUAACUGCACCGCAUUAAAUAUAGACCAGAUACCUGCUCCUAAGUCGUUAUGUCACAAUUUUUUUUUUCUGCGUGUGAAACAGGUUUGACAUUCUUAUCUGAUAAUGUGUAGUGCUAGGAAAAAGUUGUCCGUCAGCUAGUGAUCUACGAGCUCGGUUACAUACUCUGAAUUCCUAUCUGUUCUCUUUGGGUAAACUAAAUAAAAAAGGAAUAUCCGUGAUCUCUUUGCGUAAUUUCUGUGCUUGUUGGUAGCUGGUGCCGGACGAGAGCGGUUCUCUCGCGGCGGUGUUGUAGCCGUGACGUGUGCGGUGCAAGUGGGGGGUCGGUCGAUCGGGCGAAAUGUUUUCGGCGAGGCUGUUGCCCUACGCGGCGAAAGUCGGCGGCGGUCGCGCUUUGUCGGGCCGCGCUCGGCCGCGUUUACAUAAGGCGUCGACGGCCAGCCGCGGCGUCACUCGCGCAAUGGCGUCCGCGGGGGGGAGGAGCGCCUCUAAGGCUCUCAGCGUCGACAACAUGAACCCCAACGUGAAGUUGAUGGAGUAUGCCGUGCGUGGCCCGCUCGUCAUCCGCGCCUCGGAGAUCGAGAAGGAGUUGGAGAAGGGCAUGAAGAAGCCAUUCAAGGAGGUGAUCAAAGCCAACAUUGGGGACUGCCAUGCGAUGGGCCAGACGCCCAUCACCUUCAUCAGGCAGGUGGUGGCUCUGGUUGCCUACCCGAAGCUCCUUGAGGACCCCAGCUUCCCACCGGACGCUAAGUCCCACGCACAGGAGAUCCUGACAGGCUGUCGCGGGAAGAGCGUCGGUUCUUACACGGACUCGCCCGGCAUCGAGGUGAUCCGCCGGCACUGCGCGGAGUACAUCCACAAGCGGGACGGCAUUCCCAGCAACUGGGAGGACAUCUUGCUGUGCGCGGGCGCAUCCGAGGGCAUCAAGAACGUGCUGAAGCUGCUGAACGCGCCCGUGGACGGGAAGAAGCCCGGUGUGAUGGUGCCGAUCCCCCAGUACCCGCUCUACUCCGCCACCAUCGCAGAGUACGGCAUGCAGCAGAUUGGCUACUACCUAGACGAGUCGAAGAACUGGAGCCUGGAUGUCUCCGAGCUGAAGCGGGCCGUGUCUGAGGCCAAGAAGGUGUGCGAGCCGCGCGUCCUGGUCGUCAUUAACCCCGGCAACCCCACUGGCCAGGUCCUGAGCAGGAAGAACAUAGAGGAGGUCAUCAAGUUUGCUCACGAAGAGGAGCUGUUCAUCUUCGCCGACGAGGUGUACCAAGACAAUGUUUACGAGAAGCAGAGUAAGUUCCACUCAUUCAAGAAGGUGUCCGUUGAGAUGGGGACACCAUACAAGAACAUUCAGAUGGCAUCUUUCCUCUCCUCUUCCAAAGGCUACAUGGGCGAGUGCGGGCUGCGCGGCGGCUACGCGGAGGUGGUGAACCUGCAGCCGGAGGUGAAGGCAAUGCUCCUCAAGUGCAUCUCCGCGUCACUCUGCCCCACCGUGCUGGGCCAGGCGGUGAUGGAUGUGGUGGUGCACCCCCCGCAGCCUGACGAGCCAUCGUACGGCCAGUUCGUGCAGGAGAAGGAGGGCGUGCUGCGCUCGCUGGCCGAGCGCGCCACCAUGGUCGCAGAGGCGUUCAACAGCAUCGAGGGCAUCUCCUGCAACUCGGUUCAGGGCGCCAUGUACGCCUUCCCACAGCUGCGUCUCCCAGAGAAGGCAGUGAAGGAGGCGCAAUCCCGCGGGAUGCAGCCAGACACCUUCUACGCCUUCCAGCUACUGGAGAACACUGGAAUCUGUGUGGUUCCUGGCUCUGGGUUCGGCCAGAGGGAGGGCACCUACCACUUCAGGACGACGAUCCUCCCGCAGCCAGAGAAGCUGAAGACCAUGCUGGACCAAUUCCGCAGCUUUCACCUCAAGUUCAUGCAGCAGUACAAGUAAUUCCCGCCUGCUCCUGACCUACUCUCUGUGUCGUCGUCGUGUUCCGCCCCCAGAGGCGUGGGUGAUUGUGCGUGCUUGCGCUGAGUUGCGUGUCAAGACACUACCUGCAGUCUUCAAGGGGCACAUUUCUGCUUGGGGUGAAAGAACUACCAAAUGUUGCAAGGCUGACACGCUUUAGAAAAGUUAUGUUACAGUUACUAUGAUUGGGUGCUUUUCGAAGCAACAUGCUAAAAUUAAUAACCAACAACUUUUACUAACUGUGCUUUUACACUUAAUUUGAGCAUUUUAAGAAUGGUAUCUUACUAUCUUUUGGCAUUUUAAAAUUUUAGUACUAUAAAUGAUUGUAACACUAUAAUUUUUCUCAGUACAGUUGAUAUGUCGAUGAAAUUUCUUGCACGAUAACUGAGUAUUCAAUCAUUCAAAUAGAGAAGAAAAAAAUGCUCUUUAGUUAAGUAGAGCAAUGAACACAGAACUAGCUGGUAAAAGUACAAACCACAGUUGGUUUUUGAAGCACCCAAAGCAGUACAAUGUGCCGUGUCAACCCCUGAUGUUAAAAAAAAGUUCAAAUGUGACAUCUCAGAAUUUAUGGUGCUUGCUACAUUUUAUUUUUGUGUGUUGUUAUUUAAAAAAAAAAUUUGUCAGUGUAGUCAAAACUAUUUUUAAAAUAUUCUCAUGACGCAAGACAUAUUCUCAGCCACCAGGAGGUGUGUUUUAGUGUAGGCCUGUGCCGACUCUUAAAGUGGGUUGUCAUGUAGGUUUUUAUUUUAAACUGGUUGGAGUAGCUUUAGAAUUUUAUUUUUACUGACAAACAGGAUAUGGGACAGUGAUUGGUGCAGUAUGUAAGGUCAGUGUUCUAUGACAAUGUUCACACGUACAAAAAUUAACCAAACUUUUCUUCCCAAUUUUAACAAAUGUAAAUUUAAAAAAAAAAUUAAUUAGUAAAAAAUUAGGAUGAUUAUGUUUUUGUUUACCAUUUCUUGGGAAACUGUUGUUUCUGUGUAUUCAUUCCAAAAUGUGUAAACACAAACAUUACUUGCAAAUAAUCAAAACAUUAAGGAUUGACACCUUUAGCAGACUUUUAUUAUUAAUUUGAGAAAUUUUAUGUUUGCUGGAUGCUUACAGCCUAGUGUAUUCCUCAAGUUUCUGUAACAUUUAGAGAAUUUAUAAAUUACUAUUCUUAUUUUUGUUUCUGCUGAAUAUAAUAGGUUUGCAAAGUUAAUUUCGUAAAUAGAUCAUACUGAGGUGAAAAUUACUCUCUAGUCUAGAAAUUAAACUAUAUUAAUAAUUUUUUUCUUGCUAUUCAUUGUGUGUGAGUGAGCUUGCCGAUGAGUAAAUUUAAGUUUGAAUGUAUUCCGCCUCCAGUACAUAUAUAUUAUGUACUACAUUUGAUAACAGUUUCGGUGAUAUGUGCGGUCUGACAAGAAGUCUUCCCAUCCUCACAACCUGAAUAUUGUAAUCAGAUUUCUCUCAUCUAUUUUAUGCACUUGCCAUUGGUCUAGCAACUAGAACUAGGUUUUCGUAAGCCAGAAUACAGAAAUUAAUGUAGAAAUAGUAAACUUAAAUCAGAAUUUUUUAUGUCAUAGUUUUUGGUCUUUAUUUAACUCCCAAUAAUCAAUCUGUGUAACCUAUGCCAUAUUUAAAAACAGCAUAAUUUAAUUAUCAACAAAGCUAAAGAAUUUUUCAGCAUACAAAAAUUAUUUCAUUCACUCAAUAUUUUAUAGGUAAUUUGGAAUAUUUUGACUUCGAUUUUGAGACUGUCCAGCAACAUGUAGAUGGUACUUACACUCCUAUCAGUUUUCUAUUAGAAGUGGAUGACAUAAGACACACCUUUUUAUUAUGAGUUAAAAUACUUUAGAACUGUAUCUUGCAAAAGCUUCUUAAUCUUCUUAAGAAUGUCAAAGAAUGUUAGUUUUAUUUUGUGUGAGAUUACAUUCAUGUGUUGAGUAUUUCUAACAUGGGUAAGUAUUUCAACAUUUCAACAUAUCGUUUAUUUGCUACUAAUCUCCAUCACUUAAAGAUAAAUACUGUCUGACAAUCUGCAGGUUAAUGUCAAUAAAACUUAGGCAAAUGUCAAUCAGUAAUAAUAUUGUAAAAAAAUUGUAUGAUGCCUGUAGCACAUGUAUGUGAAUGUAUCAUUUGUUUAAAUGAUUUAAGAAAAUAAUUUGGGUGAAUUAGCAUUUGUGGGGCCUCUCAAAUUGUUGUCAAGAGAUUUGUAACAACCCAAACAUUUGCUUUACAAAACUGACUACAUAUCUACAUAGUUACUAGAUAUUUAAAUCAAAUUUUUUACAGAUUUAGUUAAGUUUUAUGUAAUUUUAAAUGUUGAUAUUUAAGCUAUUUUAUGACAACUACUUCAAGUAGAGUAUAUACUCCAAAAAUGGGAAAUUUUUACUUAAAAAUGUAUCUGGUGUUCUUAGGCUCCAACUGAUGAUUUUAGCAAUCGGCUUAUAUUUAGGAAAUACAUGAUGAAUUUAGACCUUUUGUGUUCUUUAUCAUUUUAAGAUUUUUAAAUGGUGAUAAUUGUAUGUCUUAGGUACAACUAUGAUUAUGACUUUUUAAGUGUUAUUUUCGUAGUUUAUACCUUAAUUAAAAUUACUUUUCUUUUAAAAUCAAAUAAGAAUUCACUAUCUGAAAAUUUUCGUAUGUCUCAUUAUUUCUUAACCUUUUGGAAAAUGAGGGAAGAUGGAUAAUAGAGUUCAAUUUUAGAAUAAAGUAAUUGUUUUUGGUCUUGUUAAUUGUUUUCUGUCUAUUAUUAUUUCUAGUCAAACACCUAUUGUAAGGCUGGUGCCAUAGAUAUUCCUGAGCCUGUAAUUUAAUUUAAUUGUGAAUCAAAAAAUGUUAGUGUGGUGGUGAUUAUUAUUAAUGGUUAGUAUUUACAUGCUGUGAACUAUGUUAAAUGAAGAUGGUGCAAGACCAAAUUUAAGUCAUUUUUAUUAUUUUCUGUAUUGUGUGAGGAUAGAUUUGUAGGUUGUUACUGAAAGGAUAAUGUGCAGUGGAGUGGAAAUCAAGUGAAUCAAUUGUAUGGGCAUGCUGGUAAUCAAAAUAUAAUUGAAGCUUUUUCCUGGUAUAUGUUUUGGUAUUCAUUAUUAGGUGGAAUUUUGUUUAUUAUAUUAAUCCUUUACAUUAUUAAAUGUAUUUUAAGCACUAUUGUGAUUUAGUAAAAAAAAUAGAGAUUUUAUGUAAAUAUGACUACAGCUUGAUUAAAAAAAAUGUAUUUACAA